AUGGCAGAUCUACCUCCCUUGCCCGAGGCCAUGAAGGGCAUGUCGCGCUUCAUCAAGACGGCUGCCUUGUUUGAAGCCCGAACGCCUGCGGUGACCUACUACUGUUACCUGUUUGUGCUCAAGAACGCCAUCAAGAACCACAGCACAGACCCUGCUUGCCGCCCCUACCUGGGUGGUCUCUUGACUCAUGUCGAAGAGCUCAAGGCCAGCAUGCCCGACGAGGAAAGCAUUCGUAACAGCGAAAAGGGCAAGCUUCUCAUUACCACCGUAGCUACCAGUCUAUUCGACAAGGCCAAUCGAGCUGAUAUGGCUGGUGAAGGCACCCGCAACACUGCCGAUCUGUUCUACCGUGCAUCCACGCUCUACGAUAUCAUGGAUGAAUUUGAGAAUGGCCUCGAGGAGGUGGCCGAGGCCCGCAAAUACGCCAAGCUUAAAGCUGCCCACAUUGUCAAGUGCUUGCGUGAGGGGCGUCAACCUACUCCGGGUCCCAUUGAUGCAGACGGCAACCCGCGCACCGACAUUGCCCCACCCACGAUUGGUUUGACAACUGAAAGUGACCUGACUGCAAACAUCCAUGAUGCCGGCCUUCCUCCCGCCGGUGGCUCAGAGCCGGAGUGGCCCUCCGCUGCCCACGCUGGUCCCGCUGACUACACAUCGGGCUAUGAAAACAAUGCUGCUUUCCCCCCAGCACCUUCCGACCCCUCCGCCGCGUACCCGGCACCCAACUUGCCGUCUCCCCCAGCACAGCAACCCUCAGGCCCGGAUGGUCACCAGGGCUUUGAUCCCCUCUUCAACUUGCCGGCUGUGCCAGAGAACAUACCCAGUGCGCAAGCCAGCAGCAGCCCACCCCCGGUCCCUAAAAACCCGGGCAUUAGCGUGCAACCACCAGCUCCGGCACCGCAGGCCACCACAUAUCGCUCUGCUCAGCGCACAGCAUCGGCGUCCAGCGCCACCUCGCUCGAGGAUAUUGAGCCCAGGCUGCCCGCCACAGCUCGAACCAAAACCAACAUUAGCUCCCGCGACAUCGAUCAAGCCAAAUUGGCCUUUAAAUAUGCCAACAGCGCGCUGCAAUAUCAAGAUGUCAAGACAGCUGUCGAGUAUUGCUUGCGGGCCUUGACACUCAUGACCGAGUAG